AUUUUAGGUUAUGUUCGGUGGUAUAAACAUAAACAAGUUGGAUUUAGUUAUUUCGUGAUAUUUGAAUCAGAACAAUGCAGCAGAGAGAGGAAAAGCAGCUUGAGUUUGCAUUAGAAAAUAUCGUCCAACGUGUAAAUGACUUGAAGACUUCCAUAGCAUCGAUGAUUAUGAAAAUCGAAACCGAAUAUGAAACUCUCAACUGGCCGAACUUUUUGGACAAUUAUGCCCUUAUAUCUGGCCAACUCACAGCUUUAACGAAGGUACUGAGUCAUGACAAAUGUCCACUUUUGAGGAAUCUCACACUUUUACCUCUAAUGUUAUCACCCGAGAGGGAUGAGCAAUUGGUGCAAAUGACCGAAGGACGAGUUACUACAUUUGCUCAUGAUUUGGUACCUGAUUAUCUUCGAACAAAAUUGGAACCCAUGGCUGAAAGUAAAAUGCUGCAAGUGGAACAUAAGGCUGCCAAUUUAACUUUUGAGAAUGCACAAAAACAAAUUGCCGCUUAUCAGAAGGUAGUUCUUCAUGUAUGGGACAUUGUGAACAAAGCUAGAGAAGAAUGGGAAGUAGAAUCAUCAUCUAGAGGAAAUACUCAACAGAAUUCUAGUGUAGCAGAUACUCACCUUCUUGUUGCAGCAGUUGGUAUGGGCAAAGGAUUGAAAAUGGGUACCAGCCCUAAUGGUGGUAAUCCCACUUCAGGUGGUAUGAUGGUUGCUCCUCAGAACAGAGCAGGAAGUGGAUCUGGAUCUAUACCUAUUCCUCCAAACACACAAUCAAUGCCUAUGAAUAAGGCACCUUCAACUAUUAAAACAAAUAUAAAAAGUGCUGCACAAAUUCAUCCUUAUGGAAGGUGAAAAUUUAUAUUUCUAUAUAUUUUUAACUGAGGACUAGAUUUUUAUGGUCGUUAUAAACUGUAUGUUAAAUAAUUAAAAUGAACUAGUGAAAUGAUAAAUUGAUCAUUAAAUAUAAGGAACAAGUGCUUUUCAUCCUUUAACAUAUAUCAUUUAUAUUAUAAGAUCAACAAACUAUUUUUAAGUCUAUACUACAAGAUUAUUUUUAUUUCCUAAGUUUUCUAAAGAAUUUUUUUUAAUUAAGCUCAAUUUUUAUGGUAUCAGUCUGGAAUGUGAUUGGAAUGAAAACAAACUCUUAUUUCAAUAUAAAUUUAUUCAAGAA